AUGGGAUUUCAAGUCGGAGGGAAUUUAGGGUCGGAUGCCUUGAAGAAGAAGUUACCUAUCAGGGUUAUAGAUAGCAAUCUGAAUGGUUUAAGGGAAAUAGUGCAACAAAUGAAGACUAUACAGAAGAAUGCUUUCAAGAAGCGGUAUGGGAACUUAUUGAGGUUGUUGAAUGUGGAAGUCCAAGCGUCGGCAGUCACUGCUUUGGCCCAAUAUUAUGAUCCGCCGCUCAGAUGUUUCACCUUCCAGGAUUUUCAGUUGGCACCAGUAGUAGAAGAGUUCGAGCAGAUUUUGGGUUUGUCGGUGGAAGAUAAAGUCCCUUACAGAUAUUCUGAGCAACGAGCAUCUAUCUCUACGUUGGCAGGAAUCUUGAAGGUACACCCUGCUGAGCUAGAGAGUAAUAUGGCCUCCAAGGGCAACUUGAAGGGGAUCCCCCAAGGGUAUUUAGAAGGGCACUUACGUCGUCUGGCUGAGAAAGAGAUAGGGGAGACGUUCAUGGAUGUGUUGGCUCUCACACUAUAUGGAGUCGUGCUCUUCCCUAACAUGGAGAAUUUUGUUGAUCAAGCGGCCAUCGAUGUGUUUGUUGCUUACAAGAUUCAUUCGGAAAGUCCAGUCACUGCGGUUCUAGCUGAUGUGUACGGGGUAAAUGCUGAAUGUCAGAUUGGGGAAUUGCCACAUGGCGGCGUUGAAAUUCGAGGGGCGAAAGAAUGGGCCCAAUUCUGUGCAGGUUUGGAUGGGGGAAAGAUUAGAUGGUGUGUCCCUGGGCUGCCCAAAUCGCAUGUCAUUUCCUGUGGGGAUUUCCCUAACGUCCCUCUGAUAGGUACCAGAAGUUGUGUGAAUUAUAACCCUGUUCUGGCGCAACGGCAGUUUGGGUGUCCAAUUAAGAGCUCUCCAACUCCAGAAUCUCUGGUCGCCAUAUGGACUUAUUAUGAAGAAGGAAUUUCUCAAGAUCUAAUUCGACGAGUUAGGAGUGCCUGGGGUGAGGUUUUGCGUGCAGAAAAAGACCCAAGGCCAUGGGUAAUGGACGGGAAAAUAUCUUACCGACGAUGGAUUCUGGAAAGGGUUAAUAUGAUCAAGUUACCUUUCAAAUCGGACUCCCCUGCUCCGGAGCGAUUGGAACCUGCUGAGUCUGAGGAGGUGAAAGGGCUAAAAGAAGAGAUCGAGAAGAUGAAAUUAAAAAAUGCCAAAUUAAUUAACGAGCUUCAAAGUCUCCGACAUGAGUAUGUGGAUCUGAGGCGUGAUAAUGAGGAAAUGACAAAAGCGUAUGAAGGGAUUCUUAGGCAACAAAGAGAAGAACGAGAUCAUGCUUUCAGAGUGAAACAGGAUUUGGCCGCAGCAAGCACCGCAUUAAAAUCAAAGGACCGAGAGAGAGAUGCAGCAGCAGCAUCUAAGCGCCAAAGGGAUCAGUUGUGUGAAGAAUUUAAGAGAGAGAAAAUUGAAGCACUGAGACGGUUGCACAAUGCUCAAAUGAGAAUUAGUGAGGUUGAACAACAAAUGAGAGAGGUGGUGUCGACCUAUGAGGUGAAGAUGGACGAGGAGCGUUGGCAUAGAGCUGAAUUGGAAAAGGAACAUCGAGAGGUGAUCAGUCGGAUGAAUGAGUACACAGCCGAGCAGGAAAUGACUAUAGAACAUUGGAAGAGAUGUUUCUCACAGCUAGCUGCCUUGGCGAAUGGAGCAAUUGAAGAAAUCCCACGAUUAUUAGCUGAAGCAGAGGCUGCACUACCGAUCUUCAAUCCGCCAAGGGAGAUUGAAGCUUUCUUUAAUCAUUGCAAGAAGUUGAUGAGGGAGAUGAAGAGCAUGAUAGUCAGGGGUAGGGAAUAG